AUGAAGACCAAGAAGAUCGAGAGAAACAGAAAUGAGAUAAAUACUUUUAUUGAAAAAGUUUUAGCCAAACGUAUCAUUAAACGUGCUGCAAAUAUAGGAAAAAAUGAAUUUUUAGAUAGGUUUAGUGAGAGAGAAUUCUAUAAUUUAUUCAGAUUUACUAAGAGACAAAUUAUAAAAUUAACCAAAUUAUUGAAUAUUCCAGAAAAUAUCACCCAACCUAAUUAUAAAUAUAAAGUUUCCCCAAUAGAAGCACUGUCUAUUUUCCUGUGUAGAUUUUCGGUGCCAAAAAGGUUAUUUGAUAUAAAAAAAUCUGGGAUCGGGUUGUCUGAAAGUAGAAUUUGCAGAAUUGCUCUGUUUACUGCCCAGUAUAUUGUGGAUAAUUUUGGUAAUUUAUUAAUAAUUGGUAAGAAUAGCAUACCAUCAACCUUUUAUGAUGAUUUACAAACGAAUUGCGAACUCGUAGGUAUGCCUAUUGAUAAUGUGGUAGCCUAUAUAGAUUGUUCUCAUAUUGUGUGCUGUAAACCAACAAAAAUAAAGGAUGAUAUUUGUUAUACUGGAUAUAAAGAUGCAAGGACUUUAAAAAUUCAAGUGGUCUUAUCAUGCAGUGGAUUAGUGUUAGAUUUGCAUGGACCUAUAGCAGGUAGUAUUAACGAUGCAACGCAAUUUAGCAUGAGUGCGGUUGAAAAAAGAUUUAGUAAAACAUUUUAUUCUAGCAAGGGUGAAGAAUUAUUUUGUUAUGGUGAUGGUGCAUAUUCUUUUGCCAACCAUAUGGUAACUCCUUUUCCAAAAUUUUUAGAGCUUAAUAACAAUGACCAACAAGACUUAGUUUUAAUCAACAAGGUCAUGUCUAAACAUAGAGUUGCGAUCGAAAAUUUUUUCAACUUUUAUAAAACAACAUUUGCAUAUUUUGAUUCUAAAAAGAAGGUUAAACCAAUUUUAACUUAUAUUGGGACGAUUAUUAGAGCUACAAUAUUUAUGAUGAAUUUAAAGACGAUAUUACAGGGCUCACAGGUUUCAAAAAAAUUUAAGUGUAAAAUGCCCACUUUAGAGGAAUAUAUUAGUUGGAAUAAUGUAAAUUCCAUUGAAUAG